AUGAAUUUUGUUACUGAAAUUGAUCCAAAAAAGAAUGUUGUUAUUCAGGCUGGAGAUAUAUUGAAUGGGAUAUCAAGUAUAAUUGCUGCCGUCGGCUCUAUUUUAACAGGAUUACUAUUUGAAAAUCGUAUAACUAUGGUUAUAAAAAAACUUUAUGAUAUUGAUAGUCGGCUUAGAAAUCACCCUAGAUGGAUUAAUUAUGAUUUAAUCCGAAGAUUUGCUUAUGCCUGUAUAAUUUGUACAUUUAAUUCAUGGAUUUACUUUCUAAUUAGUUAUAUGCUUAUUUGUAGCAAGAAAUGGUUUAUUUGUUUCGGUUCUUGGGUAUUACUAUUUAGUAUUACGAAGAUAUUUGAUGUGAAUUUGAUAAGAUUUGUAAUUCACAUGAGUCUAAUUUGGCAUAAGCUUUGUGUUGUGAAUAUUAACAUAACACAAUUAUCCAAAGAAAGAAUAACAUAUCCAAAUUCUCUUAGCUCACUUAAAGAAAUACAAAAAAUUAAUACAUUAGAGAGUCUGAAAGAAUUAUAUGAGGACAUACUCAAUAUCGGUGAAGAACUGAGCAGCAUCUAUUCAUUUUCUCUACUACUUAUUAUCACAAAUCAAUUUGUUUCAAUAUUCAGUUCAUUGUAUAACUGUUUCUUCGGUUAUUAUAUCGACGGUGAAUUCAUACAACCAAAUUCUAUACAAGAUUUACUAGUUCCGCUGUUAUCAUUGAUACAUCCUGGUGGCCAGCUGCUAGCUACAACAAUCAUUUGUCAGUUGACAAUAUCAGAAUGUAAACGGACCGGAAAACUCAUCUUUAGAAUACCAGUCACCAGAACUAACAAGACAUUAAUAAAAAGAAUCAAUUUCUUCUCUUUGCAUAUUUUGCAUAAGAAAUUCGAUAUAACUGCUUGUGGAUUCUUUGAUAUAAAUUGUUCCUUAUUAUUAUCAAUUGUCGGCGCGGUAACUGUGUACUUAGUAACGUUUAUCCAAUUUGACCUUGCAGCUAGGAAACAAAUGGGACAGUAA